CGCACUAGCCAAUGUCAAUACUACUGCCAUUGUUCUGGACAUUAACCAAGUGUUUAAUACGAUAAGAGGAAAUCUAAAGACGAAGCAAACAAUGGAAGUACUACGAGUACUACAUCAUCGUGCUCUGUUUUGGUUCAUGAUAAUACUCCUUGCCAUCGAUUCAUGCUACUCAGCACGAAGGAAGUGUCCCAGAGUCUGCACAAGAACCUUCACAGAUUUAAUUGACCAAAGACUAAAGAACACAAAGUCCGGACCUCGUGGACCAAGAGGACCAAAAGGACGAGAAGGUGUGCAAGGGCCAAUUGGACCACAGGGUUUAUCAGGACUUCCUGGUCAGCGAGGACUCCCCGGACCCCCCGGACCUAAGGGCGACUCUGGUAUUCUUGUUCGUCUACCGCGAUGUGAAGUAGGACAGUACCUGACGUCUGAUGGAAACAGGCUGAUUUGUGUGAAAUUUGACGCAGCUGUUUGUAGUUCUGUUGUCAAGUGUCCCGGGAACCCAGUUGGUGCCCCGGCUACAACACUGGCUCCAACAACCACUCAAACACCAACCAUGGGAUUUGUCAACAUGACCCAGUUUAUGAAGAAGUACAUGAUCCAGACUCUUUACACUGAUGCUUGGGAUCUAGGGACAUUCUCCAUCGGGGAUCAGUUGUUUCUUGGAAUUUCACAGUUGGGAAGCAAGAGCUUUGUUAUUUACAAAUGGUGGACUAUUAACAACAGAUUCCAAGAGUAUCAAGUCCUCAAAGUAGCCAACGCGCGCAAGUGGACGUACUUAACCAUCGGCAAAGACACGUUCUUUGCUGCAGCAAGCAACUCACGCUACCACCAAUCACCUGUCUUCAAAUGGGUCGACAACCAGUUCAUUCCAUUCCAAACAGUCACCUCCUCCAAGGCGUUUGACGUCGAGYCAAUCAGAAUCAAGGAUGAUGUGUUCCUGGGUGUGGCUAUCUAUUAUGGUCCUUAUUCCAAUAUUUUCAAGUGGAAUGGACAAAGGUUCGUCUUGUUCCAGAAAAUCUUGGCUGCUGGUGCUGAUAUGGAGUCAUUUUCGAUCGGGGAUGAUGUCUUCCUUGCCAUCACAGGGCCAGGCGCACGCGGUCCGUUUGCAACCAUCUUCAAGUGGAAUGGGGCAAAGUUUGAGAAAUAUCAGCAGUUGUUUACAGAAGAGCGUGCAUACGGAUUGAAAGCUCUGCGAGUGGAUGGCUUUACGUUCCUUGCUGUGGCUCGAUGGCAAGCAAAAUCCUCACUUAUCCACAAGUGGAAUGGUACUGCAUUCAACUUAUUCCAAAGAGUUCCUUCACAAAGGGCACGUGACUGGGUGUGCAUUACGUCACCAUUCAUGGGAAAAGAGAAGACAUACCUGGCUAUCAUCAGCAGUAACAUCAAUCCUGUCAUCUACGCCUGGGAUAAAUAUCACUCGAAGAAGUUCGCUAAGGUGCAAGAUAUCCCAUCCACAAGAACGCGUGACAUGGAAUUCUUCAACAUGGGCGAGAAGGUUUACCUUGCAGUCGCUUCACAUCGCAGCACAGACAUUUAUCAAGGUUCUUGAUAAACGCAUGCCUUUGCGUGAUCAACGUUAAAAUUGUUGAAUGCGUGACAUCUCAGUCGCGCGACAUUUUAAAAUCUGCUUUUAAAGUUUAUCAUGCACUGGUACCGUGUCGUGCAGAUUUAAAUGUUCUUGUGUUACAUUUAUGUUUGCGCAAGCCUUAAACACCAGUGUUUUUUUCUUCAGAAUUCGUACAAAAAUUCGUAUUGCUUAUUUGCAUUUUCAAGUUAUGUGUUAUCGUAGUAAAUGCACCUAGUUACUUGAUGCCCUCGACCUGCCCUCGGCAUGCCCUCGGCGGAAGUUCGGGCGAAGGAAAACGCAUACCAAAGCGCUCGAACAAAUACAGAAGAAAAAUAGAAGUUCUUUAACCUUUCAAAGAACAUCAUGUUGGCGUAAGGUAAGGCUAGGACUUUUGGAAACGAUACAAUCCAAAACGGUUCAAUACCUUCUSAUAUUGAGUGAAACACUGCGAUAGCAUGCAGUGCCAACUUUAGAUCUCAUACGGUAUCUUGUGGUUUCCUGCGACAUCUUGCGAUUUUUUUUUUUUAGAUAUUGGUCAGAUUGUAAAUUUAUAAUUCUUUUUUUUCCUUCAUAAUGAUGAUUCACCUUGUUAUCUAAUAUAUAUACAUAGAAGAGAUAACUAGCUAAAAACUAGUUUGAGCUACGUCGGUGUUUCUAAUGAAACAGUAAUGAUGAAAACGUAAAUUUUGCACCGUGAAAAGAUAUAAAAAAACUUACUUCGUCGGAGUAAAAGAAGGACUAGCGUCCGAAACGUCAGUCAUCUUUUCACAGUGUAAAAUUUACCUUUUUAUCAUUAAUAUGUAUACAUAGCUUAACUCGUUAAGAAAAGAAACCUCACAUUAAAACAAUUGUAACAAAAAUAAAUAAUAUUUUAGAAAGUAGUAGUUAAAAUUUCAAACUAAAUAAAGCGCCUAUUUUUCAUCAAUA